AUGGCUCCACGGGAGCCCUACAAGGUGCAUUCUCUCAAGAAGCACAUUGCAGACAGCCAAAAGAGCCAGAACGGCACCCCCCAACGUGCACGGGCGGCAGCAGCAAAGAAAGUUGCUGGCUCAAGCGGAGCUAUCUUCAACAACAAUUCCGACGAUGGCGAUUCAAGCUCGAACGAGGAUGGGAGCGACAGCAGCGACGAGGAAGGCGGCUCCAAUUUCCUCCGCAACCUAGGUGCUGCGAACAAGACCGGUGCUCCAGCUCCCAAGCGUCGCAGCAAGGACGAGGAGAUCGCCGAUAGCGACGUCGAGAGGCAGGAGUCCACAAAGAAGGCCACGCCUGCCAAGGCUUCCAAGUCUGAAUCCGAUUCUGAGUCCAGCUCUGACGACGAUUCCAGCAGCGAGGACGAGUCUGAGCCGGCACCAGCUGCGAAAACCUCGAAAGCCGAUGCGAAUAUCAAGACUGAGGACUCAUCAUCCGAAGAAGAAAGUGAGGAUGAAAGCGAGGACCAAGGACCAGCCGCGACACAGAACAAGCUAAAACGGGAGUCAUCCGAAAGUGAGAGUUCAAGCGACGAGGACAGUGAAGAUGAGGAUGAGAGCAGCUCCAAACCCGCUUCCAAGGCCGUUCAGAAUGGCGCUGCUUCUAAGGAAAGUACAUCUUCUAGCUCUGAGGAGAGCUCAAGCGAGGAGGAGCCAAGCUCUGCGCCUACACCCAAGGCUCAAAAACCAGAGUCCGAAGCAGAAUCGUCGUCAUCUGAGGAUGAGGAUGAGGACGACCAGGCAGUAGACGAGUCAAUGCAUAUCUCAGACCGAGAGGACAGCCAACAGGUCACCAUUCCCAACAUGAUUGCACCUGAUUUCAUGCUACGGAAGAGUCUCGCUGGAGCCAAUGGCAAGGACGUCGCCGAAAUCUGCAGCCAGGCCAACCUGCAAGGGAAGCAGGUGUGGUAUUUCACUGUGCCCUCAAAUGUCCCUGUCUCUGUUGUGCAGAACCUCGAGAUUCCAUUGGAUCAAUCCCAGCGUGGCGACCAUGUAUUCUCUCACAACGGCGAGAACUACGGCGUUUCCUUCGACUCAAUGACCCCCAAGAGCACAAUUCAAAUUCUCAUUCCUUCUUCUGACGGGCUUCAAUAUCAGUCAGCUCCCCGACAAGUCGACCAAAUUAUGCAGGUCAGACGUAUUACACAACUCGGCGGUUCGUCCGGAGAUCAAUCUAAUGUCGGUCCUACUCCAAAGCCCGCAGCCCGACCACAGCCCGAGGGUCUUCGGGCUCGAUUCAAGCCAAUUGGUGUCUACGACGCGCCUAUUGUGUCAACGCAUGCGGAGGAUACCGAGAUGGCCGAUGCACCUGCAUCGCAAGAGCUACCUACCGAGAAGACGGAGAAGAAGGCCAAGAAAGAAAAGAGCAAGAAGAAGGACAAAGUUGCUCCCGAAACCAUUACUGAACUGAACGCCGUGACUCCCGCCAAGAAGCGCAAGCACACGGCAUCAGAGGAUGACGCUCUUGCCGCUGCUGCCCAACUGAGGGAGGAAAGCCAAUCAACUGACACCGGCGCAAAGAAGCGACGAAAGGAUCGGGACGGUAGCCCGGACCUUGGAUUCGAGCAUCAGGUAGGAGGUUCGAGACAAACGCCAAUCCUGCCUCCCGCCAUUCCCUCCUCCCUGCCAACCAUUGACUCCUCUCAAAUGGCCGCUACGCCAACCCCGAAGCCCUCAAAGAAGGGAAAGAAGGCAAAGAGCACGGAAGUUCCCGUACCUUCGUCCAGUAUAGAGCCGCAGGGUGUGUCGACACCGGCUCCCAGCCGAAAAUCACAUGUCCCACUCCCCAGUAUUCCGGGAUCGUCUCAGCCCAAGAACUCACCGGUUCCCAUCCCACAACCCGGCGCAUCCGUGUCGACACCUGUAUCGACCAAGAGUGACAAGACCAAGAAGGCUAAGAGUGGGAAAAGCAAAAGCAAGGAUUCCGCUGGCCCAUCCCAGGCCAAGGGACAAACCCCCGUCCCUCCACCUGUUGUCAAGGGCAUGAGCUAG